AUGUCGCCUGGCCGCGGUCACCGCCAGGAGGGCGGUAGCCGCCGCUUGCUGGCCGUCCUCCUCCUCGUUGUCAUGAUGCUCUCGCAAGUGGCUCUGGCGGACCUACAGGUCCGAAACGCCCGCGCGCUCCCGGACCCCCGCCGAUCCCGCUCCCUCCUCCAGAAGUACGCCCGUCAAAACCAAGACGGUAGUCCAUCGGUCGUGGCCGAGGUCCCCACCCCUUCUCAGGAGCCAGCAACCACCCCUGAACCCUCUACUGCGGACAACCAACCUCCCACACCUUCCUCAACGCCGGAGGAGGCUCCAGUGCAGUCGUCGACGACAGAGAAGCAGGAGGCGUCUCCCACCAAGGAGGAGCAGACUUCUUCUUCGUCCACCGAGGAGCAACAACCUCCGUCGACGUCGUCUCCGGAGCAACAGCCCUCGGCCACGCCUGAGCAGUCCACAACCUCGACUGUGCAGGAGCAGACCUCGACCACUCCUGAGCAGUCCUCGACCACUCCUGAGCAGUCCUCGACGUCCCCAGAGCAGUCCUCCACCGCACCUGAGCAGUCAUCCACUGCUCCGGAGCAGCCGUCGUCCACGUCGGAGCAGUCAUCGUCCACGUCGGAGCAGUCGUCGACCACUCCUCAGCAGUCCGCUAGUUCGACCGUGGAACAGAGGCCAACCACUCCAGAGCAGCCGGUGCAACCGUCUGAGCAGCCGACGUCCCAGGAGCAGUCCACUUCCUCGACCAUCGCCGAGUCUUCUCCGGCAUCUAGCACCGAGCAGUCGAACCCCGGUCAGGGCCAGUCGUCGUCCACGCCUCAGGAGUCCAUUCCCGCCACCUCUGAGUCUGCGCCCACCAGUCCCCAGCAGUCUGCUACGACGGAGACGUCGAUGUCACCCUCGGUCCCUCCUCAGCAGUCGACUGAACGCUCCACUGUGACGGGGGCGUCUUCCACUGGGCAGACACCCGGCUCCCAGCCGUCCAGCCAGCAGUCUUCUUCGACUGAGUCGUCCUCGGCCACCACUGAGCAGGGAACCUCCACUCCUCCCCUGACAUCGUCGCAGGAGUCGAGCUCGACUGGGUCAUCCACGACUGAACAGUCGGCGUCUGUUCCUGUCCAGUCUUCCAGCCAGCAGUCGUCCUCCGCCACAACGGAUCAGUCUGUUCCGUCUCCGCCUCAAUCGCAGGUAUCAGAGUCGCAGUCGACUGAGCAGUCGUCGUCAGCACCUCCUGCAAGCCCGCCUCCCACGGUUUUGGGCUCAUCUACCUUCACUGAGAGAUCGACCGACUCGGGCUCAGCUUCUCCUUCGGACUCGUCGGCAGGCCCUUCGAGUUCUGUCUCUGUGUCCGGUACUUCGAGUUCGUCCGCUCCUGCGACUUCUAGCUCGAGCGAGCCGGUGAGCCCAUCGCCCUCAGCCUCUGUUUCGGAGAAAGCCCCGACGACUUCGGCUGUCGCGCCCCCCACUUCGGCGACGACUUCCGUGCUGCCACCCCCCUCUUCGCAGUCUUCUAGUUCGCAGACUCCAGCCUCGUCAUCGGGCUCGCAGUCCUCGACUCCUCCUCCUUCCGAUUCAUCGACCGAGUCGUCGACCGCCACAACCCCCGCGUCGUCUCAGUCGCCCAGCUCCCAGCCCACCUCAUCGGAGGCCACGGCGACUCCUUCCGAGUCGUCCACUGAGUCAUCGCCGGCUACACCGCUGGCGUCAUCGCAGUCGUCUAACUCCCAGCAGACCUUGUCGCAGAAUUCAACGACCGCAACUCCUUCCGAGUCAUCAACCGAGUCGUUGACUGCUACACCUCCGGCCUCGUCGCAGUUGCCAAGCUCGCAGCCUACCUCAUCGCAGGACACAGUCACCGCGACUCCCCCAUCUGAGUCGUCGACCGGGUCUACCACCGUCGUCCCCCCAGCCUCGUCGCAGGACACGGCGACGGCGACUCCUACUUCCGAGUCCUCUUCCGAGUCUCCAAGUGUCGCACCUCCGGCUUCGUCCCAAUCUCCGACUGCUGUACCUCCUGCCCCGUCGCAAGGUCCAGAGACCACGACUCCUCCCCCUCCCGAGUCAUCGGCCGAAACCCCAGCUGCGACUGUCUCGCCACCAAUCUCUACGCCUUCUCCGUCGCCGACUGAGCCGUCGACGACCGUUGUGACGCCGCCUGAUGUCAGCUCUGUUACCUCGCAGGCGCCACCUUCGGUUACCACACCGACCGAGUCUGUGACCGAGUCAUCGGCACCGCCUGCCGCGACCACUGAGGCUCCCCCGGCGUCGGUUACCACACCGGCCGAGUCUGUGACCGAGUCAUCGGCACCGCCUGCCGCGACCACUGAGGCUCCCCCGGUGAUUACCCAACCGACUGAGUCUGCGACCGAGUCAUUGGCACCGCCUGUCACGACUACUGAGGCUCCCCCGGUGGUUACCGAACCGACUGAGUCUGCGACCGAGUCAUUGGCACCGCCUGUCACGACCACUGAGGCUCCCCCGGUGGUUACCGAACCGACUGAGUCUGCAACCGAGUCAGUGGCACCGCCUGUCACGACCACUGAGGCUCCCCCGGUGGUUACCGAACCGACUGAGUCUGCAACCGAGUCAGUGGCACCGCCUGUCACGACUACUGAGGCUCCCCCGGUGGUUACCCAACCGACUGAGUCUGCCACCGAGUCAUCGGCACCGCCUGUCGCGACCACUGAGGUUCCCCCGGCGUCGGUUACGCUGCCAACGACCGAGCCUGCCACUGAACCAUCGGCCGCGCCGUCCAACCCCACCGAAGCCAUGCCGCCGGUUAGCUCUGGUGUUACGUUGGCUCCUUCGGCGUCAGUUACGGCACCAUCCGACCCCGCCACCGAGACGUCGGUAGCCCCAUCGACAAGCACCGACGGGACGCCUGAGCCCAGCACGAGUGUUCCUCCAUCCGGCACAGAGGUUCUUCCCAGUCCCUCGGGUGUUCCGACAGGGCCUCCAGUCUCGGACUCUUCGCAGCUGGGUCCCUCAAGCACGGAUGUCGGCCCGUCACAGCCUGCGAUCUCUGAGCAGCCAGUGCCCUCGGGAUCGGCUCCGGCCACAGAGGCGGCUUCCGCAACCGAAGGGACUGCUUCUACUUCUUCGAGUGACGAGGCGGCGCAGUCGACGUCUGCUGCCGGGUCCUCACCAACGACCUCGACCUCUGAGCCGGAUAUCCCUUACACCCCCACUGCGACGUCUCUGGUUAUCGCUUCCUCGACUCAAGAGGAGGACAAGCCCUCUCGCACCCUCGACCCCUCGACGCCAUACACUCCGACGGCUGCGCCUCUUCCUACCGAUGUUCCCAGCUACAUCAUCCCCCCUCAGGGUGACCUUACGAACGACCCGAACGUUGGGACCGGAAACGACCGAGACCCUGUCAAGGGCAAGACGCAGGUCUCGAUUCUUCUGUCUCUCCAAGGUUACCCAUGGCUCUUCACUGUCCAGAACGACGACGCGCAGAUCCAGCUCUUCAACCUCUUCCCCAAGCUGAUUGCGGAUGCGCUCAAUAUUCCCCAGUCAGAGGUCGUCACGUACGUGCUCCGCGCUUACCAACCGGCGAACGUCGACCCGACCCUGGGGACUCAGUGGAUGGGUUGGGUUCCCACGGACCAGUUUGCGACCCUCGAGACCUAUGUGUCGACAGGCAACUCGCCGCUCUAUAACCAGCCCGGCAUUGCUGGUGCGCUGGCGGCCCAGAUCGAUCCCUCUUACCCCAUCGCUGCCGCUGGCGCUGGUUCGCCCGUUCGUGGUAGCACGAGCUCCAAGUCUAAUGAGGAGAGUGCCCGCAAGCGCAACAUCAUCAUCGGUGUCUGCGUUGGCGUCGGUGGUGUGCUUUGGAUCCUUCUCGUCUACUGGAUCUACCGUCGCGUGAAGCGCGCCAAUGAGCGGGCUGUCAACAAGCGUCUGUCGGAGCAUAUGUCCAUGUUCUCUGGUCGCAGCAACGAGAACCCGUUCAGCGAUGACGGGCGACGCCACUCAACGACGCCCUCGAUCGCGGCGUCCGAGAUCGACGACCGCCCCAGCUCGUUCUACGCCUCGCCUCUUGACAACUACCCGGCCAUGCGCCGCCGCCAGGUCGACUCGUUCUAUACCGACCAGGCUGGCGCCGGAGACCAAUCGCCAACCUCGUACGUCAACUCUGUCUUUGGCACCUCUUGGUUCCAGACGACUGGCUUUGGCGGACAGGGCGGCCACGGGUCGACCUCGCAGGGUGCUCAGCGCUCGAGCCAGAACCCCUUCGACGACAUGUACGCUCGGUCUGGGCCAUCGUCUCCUCGCAUGUCGCAGCGGCCCCAGCGUCGCUCGGUGCAGAAGACAAUGAUCUCCCAACCGACGUUACAGGGCAAUUCGCUUGAGUUCAACGAGUACCACUAG